AUGGCUACACCGGCUCUGACACCCAAAGAUUUUCAAAACGCCUUCCACUGGGCUGAGACCCAGCAGAAUGGCACCAUCCCGAGCUUUGAAACCCGAUCCAAUGACCCGUACAAGUACCAGCCCGGAUUCAACAACCACUUUGAGUCGGAAGCCGUGCCUGGAACGAUCCCUAAGGGUCAGAACAGCCCGAGGGCAAUCCGGUUCGGUCUUUAUGCCGAGCAAAUCACGGCCACGGCAUUUGUUGCGCCUCGCCACCUGAACAAGAAGGCGUGGCUAUAUCGUGCUAGACCAGCUGUGGCUCACCAGGGAUUUACCGAUUUGGAGGACAACAAGGACACGGAAUCAACAUUUCUCCCCAUCAACCCACGUGUCCACAUCUCUCCGACACAGUUGGCUUGGAAACCUCACCCAGUCCCUGAAGGUGAUGUUGACUUCGUCGACGGUCUGAAGACCGUGGCUGGCUCAGGCGAUCCUACCCUCCGUGAAGGCUUAGCAACUCACAUCUACCUCUGCAACAAGUCCAUGUCCAACAAGGCCUUUGUCAACUCAGAUGGCGACUUCCUCAUCGUUCCCCAGCAGGGCGCCCUCGACAUCCAAACCGAGUUCGGCUUCCUCUACGUCCAGCCAGGUGAGAUCUGCGUCAUACAGCGCGGCCAGCGUUUCAAGGUCAAGAUAGACGGGCCAACCCGCGGCUACAUCCUGGAGAUCUGGGGUUCCAACUGGGAGCUCCCCGAGCUUGGACCGCUGGGCGCCAACGGCCUGGCGAACCCUCGUGACUUCCUCCAUCCCGUCGCAGCGUACCAGGUCACGCGGGACGAUCCGUGGAGCAUCACGUACAAGCUGGGCGGCAAGUUCUUCGCGAGCACCCAGAACCACAGCCCGUUUGACGUGAUCGCCUGGCACGGGAACUACGUGCCCUUCAAGUACGAUCUGACCAAGUUCGUCAACGUUGGCUCCAUCUCCGUCGAUCACAUUGACCCUUCCAUUUUCUGCGUCUUGUCGGCUAAGUCUCGCGAUCCGGCUGCCCCUCUGGCCGACUUCCUGAUCUUCUCGCCCCGAUGGGACGUCGCGUCUCACACCUACCGGCCUCCGUACUACCACCGCAACGCAGCCUCGGAGCUCAUGGGCCUGAUCUAUGGAGAGUACGGCGGGCGGUCUGACGAGUUCCAGCCGGGCAGCAUCUCCUACGAGUGCGGGCACGUGCCGCACGGCGUCGCGUACGAGCAGUUCGCCGCGGCGUCCAAGGAGGAUCCGCCAGCGAUGCAGAUCUCGCCGGGGUCGAUCGCGUUCAUGUUUGAGAGCUGCCGCCCGUUCACCAUCACGGACUGGGCGUGGAACUCCAAGGAGAGGCACGAGCACGACCCCAAGAUGUGGGAUGACCUGGUUGAUAACUUUUCCAAGUUCCAGGUGGAGGUUGACGAGAUUCUGGCCAAGGCAGGCAAGGCCUAA